AUGCCUAGGUUCUCAGUCGCAUUCGGCAGGCGGAAGUCGACCGCUGACAGUCUCGAGAAUGCCGCACCAACAGGGCCCUCUUUUCGGGUGCUGGAUCGAUCAGAGGUGAUCGGUGCAAAAGCGUUCGAUGGUGGUGCGAAAUUGGCGACAACGACUCAUGCGCUCCACAGGCCCACAGCGUCCGAAGUCACCAUUGAUGACAACAUUUUUGCCGAUCUCAAAUCCAACCGGGGGAGCGGCUCCUCAAACACCACAAAGACCACUUCGACGGAUAACUCUUCGCGGCACAGUAAUGCCUCAACAGCUCCGUCGUCUGCUGACACCGGGGGCCACGAGGAUUGGCGAAACACACAAAGGAAGCCGCCCGUUGACAUCCCCGUCCCUCCAAUUCCGAAGUCCUCCUCCGGCGGGUUUCUGAAAGCGGCCGAGCGCACCUUCUCGUUUGGUAGGCAAAAGAAACAUUCGGCUCCGGUGCCCGUGGAAGACCACUCGCCUCCAACGAGUCCCGCCGUCACAGGUGCACAGGCACAUCCGAACAGACGAUCCAGGGCCGCCACUACCUCCACCUCUACGACCGUGACUCCCCCGAGAGUUGAUAGCGAUUUUGACCUGGAUCUAGGCGGAGACUUCGGCAAGAUGUUGCUCGGGAACGACAAGCGAGCCAGCGUGGCUACACUGAAAGACAAUCAGUACACGCGACAGGCGCCGACCCCGCGGUCCCUCACCGGAUCCCGCCCGAGCCAACCUGCCCCCAUCCCGAUUGACACUACGACCAAGAUCGAACCUCCCGCGCACUCGUGGGGCAGCCAACACUCUAACGAUCAACUUAUUGGGCCGGCCAGCCCCGCGCUUUCUCCUCUCAGGGAGCAUGUGCCUCCCCCUGUUCCCCGCCACAGCUCUCCGCUCGCUGAGAAACAGCGGCCCCUCACAUCCCCCGAAGUAGGGCCAAAGAGACCUCCGCUCGUCUCUCGAGUGUCGAGCACAGAGCAGGAAGACGCGGAGGAUGAGGAAGCUAGGCUUCUCAAAGACUCACUGUCAACCGUGACCAAGUUCAUGACCGGAGACGAUUCAACGGCCUCGCCAUCGGCUCCCGGAUAUCGAAGGAACGGGAAUAACGUGGAUAACGACGAGGACAGCCUAUUUGACACGGGCAAUCCGUACUCGUCAAAAUACGGCAGCCGCUAUGUUGCUCGACGCAACCAACCUCCCCGGAGUCACAAGGUGAUGACCCCGGCUGAGUUCGAGAAAUAUCGGAAAGACAAGGAGCGACAGGACCGAGAGCGUGCGGUCGAAGCCAGGACGUUUGGUAUCAAGGGCACUGAGGACGACGAGGAAGAGGAGAAUUACGAGGACGACGAGGACGAUCUGGAGAAAGCCAAGCAACAAGAAAAACAGAGGCGAAAGCAAGAAGCCCAUAUGGCUGUUUACCGGCAGCAGAUGAUGAAAGUCACUGGGGAGUCUGGGAAUGUGCAGCCCUCUAGGCCCAGCCUGCAGAUAUCCUUCAGCAGUCCCAACUUGCCGGAAGUUGCCGCCGGGCUAGGUCCAGCUACGACUAACACAUCCGAUCCCUCAGACGAAGAUGAGGAGAUCCCCUUGGGAAUUCUCGCUGCGCAUGGCUUCCCUAAUAAGAACCGCCCACCGACUCGUCUGAGCACUAUGAUGUCGAACCCUAAUCUCCGUGCCUCUCAGCAGCCGAGCUAUCAGAGACCCGGGUCAGCUAUCGGUGAUAUGCCAAGCGCAGGAAACUCUCGUCUUCCUGCAUUUGCAAGAAACCUUCCUCAAGACCCCUUUGUCGGCGCCAGCCUUGUCCGCAAUCCUGUCCGCGAGAGCUUCGCCCUGGGUGGGGGAAGCGGCGCUCCCGGGCAACCUGGCGCGCCUGUGCCCCCGGGCGGUCUGAUUGGGGUUAUUGCCAACGAGGAACGUAGUCGCGCGCUAAGGAGAGGCAGUCCUCAUAUGGACGGCCCCGCUACCAUACCCCGUGGACCUGGUUUCGAUCCCAUCGCCGGCAUCCCAUCUCAUAUGAUGUAUCAGGGCAACGCCAAUCCGCCAGCGUUGUCAGCUGGCGACCGAGCGCAGAUACAGAUGACGCAGCAGAUGCAGCAGUUUAUGCAGAUGCAGAUGCAGUUCAUGCAGAUGAUGGCCGGCCAGAACGGCAGCGGGCAUAUGCCAUCACCGUCGCUCGGCAAUCUGAGUGCCACAGGCAGCAUGCCCGGUGUCGGGACUCCAGAGAUGCGGCAUUCGUUCGUUGGUAACGACUCAAUGCUUGACUUGCCCUUCGGUCGUGGCGAAACGCAGAUGCGCACAAUGAGCAUGGUACAACCUAGCUCGGCUUCGUGGAUUCAGCCGCCCAUGCCGGCCAAACCAGGUGGUUUUGCGCCUUCAAUCCGCAUCCAAGGCGGCGGUUACGCGCCAUCCAUUGCGCCGUCGGAACGCAGCAACAUCGGUCUCCCUGGCCGGUAUCGCCCAGUGUCCCACGCGCCAGCGACGCAGCCUCCGACCCCGGGGCAUGUACGGAAUUCGUCUACCAUGUCUGGGGCUAUCCAGAAACCAACUAUCUCGGUGACUCAAUCCGGUAAUGCUUCGGAUGAUGACGACGAACAGGGAUGGGAGGCCAUGAAGGCAAAACGCGAGAAGAAAAAGUCAAUGUGGAAGAGCAGACAGUCUGUUGUGAACGGUCUUGGCGCGCUUAUCAGCUGA